GGGAAUCUUGCCCCUGAUGGUCCUAAUGGUGAUUGUUUUCUUGCUGCUUCUGUUCUGGGAGAAUGAGCUGACCGAGGAUAUUGUGCUGACGUCCAUAGAACAAUUGCAUGUGGACUAUCCUCAGAAUGCUGCUCCUCUGAGGUACUGCAACUACAUGAUUCUCCAGAGAGUCAUCAGGGAACCUGACCACACGUGCAAGAAGGUGCAUGUCUUCAUCCACGAGAGGCCUCAGAAGAUCAACAGAAUUUGCACUUCCUCCAAGAAGAUGUCGUGCCCAAAUGAUUCUGACCUUUUCUGCUUCCAGAGUGAGACAAAAUUCAGGAUGACAGUUUGUCAGCUCAUUGGUGGCACCACAUAUCCUGCCUGCAGGUACCAAAUUUCCUCCGUAGAAGGGUUUGUACUUGUGACUUGUGAUGACUUAGGGCCAGUUGAUCUCCAGGGAUAUGUGGAAUAACUUGCCAUCAGCACUGAGUGUGAGAACUUCUCAUCUGUCCCCGAGCUGCUCUGGUUAACCUGAACUGUGGGUGUGGUGU